UGUUUGUUAUUAGCACACCGGUGAACGUCCAUGGGAUUUCUGAGAUGUUCAUACGUUACACAACAACUUUCCGCUUGUUCCCGAGGAGUUUUUACUCGGCAGCUGAUUUUUUUUUCAUUCAGCAUAAAUGGCAGCGAAGCACGUCAAGCCCGACUUCAGCCAGUCCCAGGUGUCUGAGAUAGUGAAGAGGCUCUUCAGGUUGACUGCCUCCAAAGUUCACUCACUGCCCAGCUACGAUGACCAGAACUUCUAUGUUGCCUCCACUGAGGGUGGCGAGUACGUCCUGAAGAUCAUGAACUCUGAGGACAGUAAAAACACCGCCUUGAUUGAGAUGCAGACCUAUGCCAUGACCUUCCUCCACCAGAACGGACUCCCUGCUCAAACAGCCGUGCCCACCACCUCAGGACAACUCAUGAGUGUGGAAGAAAUGGAUUGUGGUUAUGGCUGUCAGAAGUACCUGGUGCGGCUGUUGACUUAUUUACCGGGGGCCACUAUUUGCAAGGUUCCUUUAACACCACAGAUACUGUAUGAAACUGGCAAGACAGCAGCUAAAAUGGACAUAAUCCUUAAUAAGAUGGAGCACCCUCAGCUUAGCGUACUGCAGAGGGAGAAUUUCAUAUGGAGUUUGUCAAACAUGGCUCUCCUGGAGCCAUACGUCCAUUUAUUGGAUGGUGACCCUCUUCAGGAGGUGGUGACAUCUGUCAUUCAUCACCACAAGAUCUCUGUGAACCCCCAACGCACCAAUUUCCGCAAGUGCAUUAACCAUGGCGACUUCAAUGACCUCAACGUGCUCGUGCAACCUGAUGAGAAUGACGGCUACAGGAUAUCUGGCAUCCUUGACUUCGGGGACAUGAACGAUGGUUACUAUAUCCACGAGCUCGCCAUCACCCUCAUGUACAUGAUGAUCGAGCACCCUGAACCCGUUCAGGUGGGUGGGCCUGUCCUCGCCGGGUGGGAAAGUGUCCUUCCUCUCAACGAGGCUGAAAAAGAUUGUCUGUAUUUGCUGGUGCUGAGCCGCUUCUGCCAGUCCUUGCUUUUAGCUCGUCACUCUGUGAGCCUGCAUCCAGAGAAUGCAGAGUAUCUGACGAUUACAUCCAAGAGGGGGGUCUUCAUUGUCCGUCAGCUGUGGGAACUGGGAAAGGAGCAGGUGGAGAAGGUGUGGUUUCAGACUGCUGCUCAAUUCUCUGACAGCAAGUAAGAAAUAUAUGAAGGGAAAAAAUACUUCGAGUGAUUUCUCUGAGCCAUAAUUGGUCCAAAUCAAGUGUUAUUUGAAGAAUGUUAAGAUGCACAGCAAUAGAUGAUAGAAGUUUUGAUACUGUAUGGUGACAAUAAAUCAUGUACUGUAUAACAAAAGUUUUAACAUUUACAGAAAAAUGCUGAGUAGUAAAUAACUUAAUAUGUAAAUCAAAGCUUGUAGUUAAGAGUUAGAGCAUUAAUCAUAGCCAUUACGAGACUGAACAAAGUUAAAGAAGUGCCUAAAAUCAUUGGUUUGUACACUUCAGUGGACAUGCAUACCAUGGUGCUCUUCUGUUUGGUCGUAGGCUACUUGUAUGGAGACGGGAUUCAUUUUAUUAUAUGUCUGACAAGUUCAGAGAUUUCUCAUUAAAAGCAAAUGAAUUUAAUUGUCUCUAUUCAUACAAUGCGUUUGCAUAAAUCAGUCAAUUUACAAUAUAGUGCACUGUGUUUACUGUGCACUAUUUUAUUUCUAAAUUUGCCCACUAUAUAAAAUAGUUUAAUCCACAAUAGUCAAUAGAACAAAACAUGUAUUGUCCAUUACUGUCUGUAAAAAGUGCAAUCACAGCAUUUGUUCAACUUAUUCAAAAAGUGCGAAUCAUGUUUAUGAAUAUUAAAGUCAGGCUGCCUUGUGACAAAAAACAAAUGCUACUAAAGCUUACAUGAUGCAAACAUCAGUUUAAACUGAAUCUUUUACUUUAGUCAGUUUGCGCUAGUUGUGCACAGGUAAAGGUUGUCAAGACAUUGUGCAUUCUGACAGUAAAAUGUGACCUUUGUAAUGUAUAUUUUUAAUGGGAAUUUGACACAAGAAACUGUUGAUGUCCACUUCGAUGCAGCUGCUGUCCUUAUUUUCUCUGAUCAACAUUUCCAUUAGGCUAUAUGAAUUGUUGUGCAUACAAGACGAAACUUUCAAAAUGUUUGCUCCUUCAAAUGGGUCAAGAUGUUGAUAAUAUGCCCAUUUACACUUUUAUACUGUUUCAGUUAUCUCAUUUAAAGAGACUGUUUUAUUUUUUGUUCAAUGUUUAAGAUUCAAGGUGGAAAUAUACAUACAUAUAUUUUUACAUGCUUUUCUCAUAAUCUCAACAGUGUGCAAAUUAUUUCAUUCUUACCAAGGAAACAAAUCAUUUUUUGUGUGUGUAAAAGAGGUAACACUUGGACUUCACCCAGAGUCUUUGUGAUCCAGAGGAAAUACACACAGAGGUAUUUGGUCAACUCUACAGAAAAUGAUUAACUGGAACAUUAGUGGCUGUUAAUUAGAGUCUUGACCUUUUCUUUGCCCCUCUUUAUAGUUUUUAUCUGCUGUUUGGUAAAUAAGUAAUUUGCAUGAUCUUUGAUCUGCAUUGUAAUAUGUGUUUAGAAUCACUGCUUCUGUAACAACUCAGUGCAAUUUUCUCGCAGGUAAAAACUACAUUUACAUCCAAGAUGUUUAUCACAUUUACUCUACCACUUUUUGGUCUCUCUUUUAAAUGUAAUGUAAGUCCUUGCCUUUUAAGACCUUUGUGUCUUACAUGUUGGGUAGGGUGACCAUAUUCUGUUUCUCUGAAAAGAGGACACACUUCCAGCUCGCGCGAAAAAUUUUCAGUCCCCCCCCCCCAUGGGUCAGGGGGCUUUCUGUGCUUCAAACUCAGUUAAACAGAUAUUCUGAAUUCCCCAGAAAAGAACACUUUACCUGGAUAUACAAAAAAUAGCCCAAAACACUCACAAACAGUUGCUUUAUAAAUAGUAUAUUUAUUAAAUUAAAGCAAUUCUCCUAAACAAUAUAAUCAGUCACAUACAAAUAUGGCAUGCUCUAGUCUUUAAUAGUUAUUGACUCAAGUUGUGUAGGAACACAUGUAUUCAGAUGUUUAACAAAAUAAGAAAUAAUCAUCUCUCUUAAGUCUGACACUUACACCUUAGUUAGGAAAAGUGAGGUAGAGUACCAUUCUUCAAAAUAACCUCCCAAUUAUCAAUUAUGUAAAAAUAGAAAUAAUGCCUCAAAAUAUUAAACAAAAAGAAAAAAGAGAGGUAGUCUAUUCUUCAAUGUUCAGUUAGCCCAUUCUUCAAAAUAAUGUGUCUAAUGGCAAAUUAAAAAAAUAUAGAAAUAAUGCCUCAAGUCAACAGUCCUUUUUUCCUUCUUUUUCCUUUUCUUAUUAGCUACAGAGACAUAAGUCCCAGCUUUGCAGACUGUACAUUCUGCCUCCCAUUUGACACGACCCGGACGAAAACAGGGGUACUUUUUUUCGCAUUUCAUCAGUGAAAUGAUAUUUGCGUUUCGGCGUUUUCUUUCGGUUCGAGUGCUCUCUCGCAGUGUGCCUACCUGCCUGUCAGCCUGCGAGGAAGCGAAUCUCCAGCGCCGUGGCGCGCACCGGCGCUUCAGAGACGCGGCGCUGGCGCUCCGCAGCGUGUGCAGUGGAAAUUGUCUGAUAGAAGAGAAUGGGUUCUAAGUGCUGCGCAGUACGAUUCAAGAGCGCGGCGCUGUGCCGCCGCGCCGGCGGUUUCACGUUAUGUGGAAUUUAGGGGAUCAAAAACCCGGACAUUUGAAGGACUUUAUAAACGCCGGCCGGACAGGCCGGACAGCCUCUGAGAAGAGGACAUGUCCGGGCAAAAGAGGACGUAUGGUCACCCUAAUGUUGGGGUACGUCUGUCUGCUUUUGGACUGAAAGAGGAGCUACACUCGUUGUACCUCUCAAAUUCUGGACUGACUUUUGGAUCUAUUAUGAUAUCAUAGCAUUUUGUUAAAGGAAAUAAAUGGAUUUGAAAUGUU